CUUGGGGUCGGGAAGGAGAACGGAUGUGAGGCUGGCACUACAGAAAACCGGGAGCGCGAGACUUGAGGUCCCGGAGUCCAUCUCGAGGGCAGCUCAGGGGCCCCCAGUUUAGGACCCGAGAGGGAGCAUGCCCCUCGAAGGAGCCCCGAUUCCCACUUCGUCUGCUUUGGGCCCCGGGACCUUUGUGUGGGCUCCGUUGAGGGCCACCUGGGACAAUGCCCAAGCAUUGCUCUCACCACUUCGUGGUUCGGCCCCGCCCAGACCCGGGGGAGACCACGCGCUGGACGGGAUGGGAUAAAGAGGCUGUCAGGGCCCCAGGAGUGGCCAAGGCGGGGCCAUUCAAAGGACCUAUACAGCACGGCAGGCUUUCUUGAGGAAGGACAGACUCUUACUCCAGAGGCUUCAAUCCGGGGCUCCUUAUUCUGCGGCCCUUUAGGGCCCAAACUUACCUUGGCCUCCGGCGCAUUGCUCCCCGACUAGUGGUGGUGGAGGAGGAGCUCCAAAUUUGGGCCACUUGGGGCCCUGCGCUCUGCUGCCUCAACCCGUGCCCUCUGAGAACCUCCUGGCUCCCUCUCCGCCUCCGCUCUUUCUCGCGGGCCUCCUGGGUCUGGCUGACACUGCGCGCCAGAAUCUCCCGCUAUUUGGCUGCGCUCCUUGCCUUGGGCCAGGUCUCAGCCGCGAGUUGCUCCCAGUGCCCACUUAGUCCUUGCUAGCUGCUGAAUGCUCGGGGAUUCUCUUGGAGCAGAGAGUGCCGGUAUGGGAGGAGAAGGCCCUGGCAGGAGUUGCUGGUGCUGAGCACCUGGAAUGUCCAGACAGCAGGCUUUCUUUCCCACGUGCGAGAUUCUUGGCGCGCGGGGCCCACCAAAGGAGUGUGAAUGGUGGAGUGGGCAAGAGUGGUAACUGACAAUGAAGGGAGAAAUGGUCUGGCAACGGUUUGGAAAUAGGCAAAGAAGAGCGGGAAUUGAGUGAGCACGGAAACGGUGCCAGAGGGGUGGCGGCUGGAUUUCUCAGUGUGCGCAAAGGCAAGACUUGUGUUGCCCGGGCAGGGUUUGGUCUGUGGGGUGUGUAAUAAGAAUGGAGAAUCCAGAAGGUGGGGCAGCAGGAUGAACUCCACGGGAGGCACACUUAGGAGACUGAGGACCGGGAAUGCCAAGGGGAUGAGACCGGGCCAACUGAGAAGAGUGAGUGCAGGAGGCGGAUCCUGGGCGCGUGAGGGCGACAGUCGGAGUGCGGGGCAUGAACCUGGAGGGCAGCGGCCGAGGAGGAGAGUUCGGCAUGAGCUCGGUGAGCUGCGGCAAUGGGAAACUCCGCCAGUGGCUGAUCGACCAGAUCGACAGCGGCAAGUACCCAGGGCUGGUGUGGGAGAACGAGGAGAAGAGCAUCUUCCGCAUCCCCUGGAAGCACGCGGGCAAGCAAGACUACAACCGCGAGGAGGACGCCGCCCUCUUCAAGGCUUGGGCACUAUUUAAAGGAAAGUUUCGAGAAGGCAUAGAUAAGCCAGACCCUCCUACCUGGAAGACACGUUUGCGGUGUGCUUUGAACAAGAGCAAUGACUUUGAGGAACUCGUGGAGAGGAGCCAGCUGGACAUCUCAGACCCCUACAAAGUAUACAGGAUUGUUCCCGAGGGUGCAAAAAAAGGAGCAAAGCAGCUCACCCUGGAGGACCCACAGAUGACCAUGAGCCACCCCUACACCAUGACGACUCCUUAUACCUCACUCCCAGCACAGCAGGUUCAUAACUACAUGAUGCCACCCCAUGACCGAAGCUGGAGAGAAUAUGUCCCUGAUCAGCCCCACCCAGAAAUCCCGUAUCAAUGUCCUGUGACGUUUGGAUCCCGCAGCCACCACUGGCAAGGCCCGGCUUGUGAAAAUGGUUGCCAGGUGACAGGAACCUUUUAUGCUUGUGCCCCGCCUGAGUCCCAGGCCCCUGGAAUCCCCAUAGAGCCAAGCAUAAGGUCUGCUGAAGCCUUGGCGCUCUCAGACUGUCGACUCCACAUUUGUUUGUACUACCGGGAGAUCCUGGUGAAAGAGUUGACCACAUCUAGCCCAGAGGGCUGUCGGAUCUCCCAUGGGCAUACCUACGAUGCCAGUAACCUGGACCAGGUUCUUUUCCCCUACCCAGAAGACAAUGGCCAGAGGAAAAACAUCGAGAAACUUCUGAGCCACCUGGAAAGGGGUGUGGUCCUCUGGAUGGCCCCCGACGGUCUGUAUGCCAAAAGACUGUGCCAGAGCAGGAUCUACUGGGAUGGGCCUCUGGCACUCUGCAGUGACCGACCCAAUAAACUGGAGAGGGACCAGACUUGCAAGCUCUUUGACACACAGCAGUUUUUAGCAGAGUUGCAAGCUUUCGCUCACCAUGGCCGUCCCCUGCCAAGAUUCCAGGUAACUCUGUGCUUCGGAGAAGAGUUUCCAGAUCCUCAGAGGCAAAGGAAGCUCAUCACUGCUCAUGUCGAACCUCUACUAGCCAGACAACUAUAUUAUUUUGCUCAGCAAAACAGUGGACAUUUCCUGAGGGGCUAUGAUUUACCUGAACACAUUAACAGUCCAGAGGAUUAUCACAGAUCUAUUCGCCACUCGUCCAUUCAAGAAUGAAAAUGUCAAGACAAGUGAUUUUGUUUCAUUGUAAAUAUCUGACUUUGACAGGAAAAGCUGAUUGAAAUCCCUCUUUUUCUUUUGAGAAACUUGGAAAUUGGGGCUUCAAUUCAACACUUGAGGAGAACCUCAGCAAGAAUGGGUGUAAAAAGGCCUGCUCCAUCUAAUUGACAGAUGAGCUUAUGCAAAAAGGAAGAAAGGUUUUCAGGGUCUUCCAUAGACUGCCAUCUUUGAUGAUUACUGUGAAAAUUGACCAAAGGGUGUGUUUACAUUUACUUAAAUGCUAUCUUUAAUUUGAUGUGGAUUAUUUUUCACUUGAAAACUGAGAAAACUUGUGUUUCAGUAUUGACCACUGACUAGAUGGAUAAAAGCACGUAAGUGUUGUACUAUUUCUCAGGGAAAUAAUAUCUAAAUUUGAAGUGACUCUGCCCACAAAAGAAAUGUAUUAAUGCACAUAGAAGAUGUUGCUCUUAAAGAAAAUGCUUGCUGUUAGAAAGAGAAUCUUUGACUGAGGUUGCCUCAGUCAGUGCCUCCAGCUUUGGGGUGGCUAAUCAUCCCCCUCUGGCCUGGGUCUCACCCAGCAUGGACUUCCCUGCCCUGUCUCUCACUGCCCCCCAUUUGCUCUCUCUCCUUGGGUGCCCCUGGGAGCCAGUUGUAUUUUCUGGAACCAAAAAGCAUUAGGGCUACCCUUGAUUAGUGUAUUUUUGUCAGUUCUACAAUCUUGUAAUGACUGCUUAAGAUAUUUUUUGUUUUUCUUUUUCUCAUUCUGUAGAAAUUAUUGCUAAAGCUUUUUUCUCAAAAAAGAAAAAAAAGAUCAACAAUCCAAGUACUAAAGAUAUAUUUUUGAAACUCGGUGACAUUUCCCCUCUUACCCUGUUUGUUUUGUUUGGCUAUCAGUUAGUUAUCCAUGACAACACUAAAGAGGAGGAGCCGAUGCUUUUCAAUUUGGUGAACUCUGUUAGGAAAGAUGAUGACAGGAUUUCACUGAUUGCAUAACUGCAGACUCAGUGCGCUGUUUUUGCUUAUUUUGUAUAUUAUAUGCUUCCUCAUGCCAAUAUGGUUUGACAGGACCUUAAAAUUACUGGGCUUUUUCCAAAUACAUCUUUUUAUAGAAUCACUAAGAUCUCCACAUGCUUAAGUAAACUCAAUCACUUCCUUGUUGAUUGUUUUGGAAAAGUACAGAUGUUGAGACUGAUGCUGGCAACUGAUAUUUUUAUCAUACUACAAAAAAACUGCCAUUAGUUUCAGGCACAGCAAAAGACUUAGCAGUUCUCAAAUAUAUGCCACUCUUCUUCUAAUCUAUAUUUUUAAAUUCAUUCAACAAACUGUAUCCCUUGCAUUAGACAGAUUAUAUUUAGCCUUUAUCCAGUUUAGUAAGCAAUUAAGCAUGGAAAUAUCAUUUUUUUAACUUUUAAAAGGGUUUUUU